UUUUUGGUUGUUGUUAAUAUUGAUAAAAUCCAUUUUGUUUGUUGAAUUUAUUUGUAUAUUAUUGUGGUAUAUGACCGGCAGAUAAACUAUUGAAACAUGUCCGAUAUUGUUACUAUUCCAGAAAACAACAAAAACAAUAACAAACAAUUUAUUGACGACAAUCGGUCGAUUCAAAUUACAGUUACUACUGUUCCAGAUAGUAAUAAUAACGACGAAAAAAACAAGGAAGACAUUACAAUCAUUGUCGUUGCCGAUAAUCCAACAGGACAAACAUCAAUCAUGCCCCCAAAUGCCGAAUCAUCUGUUACGGCAACGGCCACCAUUUUUGAACAAAUGGACAAAUCAAAUUAUCUCGAUGCUUGUGAUGGUGAUCAAACAAAAUCAUCAUCAUCGACUAAUAAUAUCGGUGUAAGGCUACGCGGUCAUCAGCAAAUGGAUAAUGAUGAUAAUUUUGGUCAUCAGAUCCAUCAUCCAAAUCAAUUAAUGAUGGUAUCGAAAAAAUUGGUUGAAAAAGCUGGUAAUAUGGAGCAUGCGAUGAUGAAUAUGUUACAUAAUGCAUGGAAUCUACGACAUUUUAAUCAUCUACCACAAUGGUUACAGGAUAAUGAUUAUUUAUUAUUUGGCCAUCGACCACCAUUAGCUUCAUUCAAAGCAUGUUUUUGGUCAAUUUUUCGUUUACAUACGGAAACAAUGAAUAUAUGGACCCAUGGCCUUGGAUGUAUUUGUUUUCUAUUAUUAAGCAUCUAUUUAUUUGUAGCCAGUGCUUAUGCAACCAUACCAAUGAUUGAUAAAAUAAUGCUAGGUAUUUUCCUCUCCACUGCAAUACUUUGUUUGGCAUUUUCCACUUGUUACCAUACGCUUGCAUGUCAUUCACAUCAGGUUUUGAUUUUGGUUUGCAAAUUGGAUUAUUGUGGCAUUUCAUUGUUGAUUGCCGGCUCAAUUGUUCCUUGUCUUUAUUAUGCGUUCUAUUGUUCAUUCUAUUCACAAAUCACUUAUACAAUAAUGACAAUUUUCCUUUGUGCCGCUUCCGUAACUGUAUCGUUUUCGGCAAAAUUUUCUGAACCACAAUAUCGACCAUUACGUGCCACGGUAUUUUUUUCAUAUGCAUUCUUCAGUUUUAUACCUGCUGUACAUUGGUUUUGGGUGCAUUCCGAUGAUAAAACUUUUUAUCAUUCAUCAUUUCGUACGGCAAUUAUUUGUCUGACAGCAAUGGCCAUUUUCUAUAUUAUCGGUGCUAUUGUAUAUGCAUUGCGUAUACCGGAACGAUUUUGUCCAGGAAAAUUUGAUUUCUAUUUUCAUUCGCAUCAAUUAUUCCAUGUAUUUGUGAUAUUAGCAGCCAUUUGUCAUUUACGUGGAAUAACAAGUAUGGCGGAUUUUCGUCUAUUUGUGCAACAAUCAACGUGUAAAUUGUAAAAUUCCAUCAAUUCAACCCAAAAAAAAUAUCUGAAUUUAACCCAUAAGUAUGAAAAAAAAAAUUUAAUCAGAAUCAUAUCAAAAAAAUGGAGUUUCAAUGGACCCAUAUCCUAUCAUGUUAUCAUCAUUAUCAACUUAUGGAUGGAUUCUCCACUCCAAAAUAUCAUGAUUUCUUAAAAGAGUGAAAAAAAUUGAUUAAUCUAAGACGAUACAACAAUUCGAUAUCUUUGGAAUUAAAGUCCGAUUUGUGCCUA